CUCCAGAAUCUCCACUCCCGGAGUGAGUUCCCCACCACCGUCUCCAAAGUCCAAAUGUCCCGUCACCACCACUUCGCCGCCGCCAUCGCUGUCGUGCUCAUCCUCUUCGCGCCGCCUCCUUGCGCCGGCGACCCUAACGACGAGCGUUGCCUGACCCACCUCCACCAGUCCCUCUCCAAUCCCUCCGGCGGUCUCAACUGGACCAAGGCGGCGAUCUCCGCGCCGUGCGAUGGUUUCUUCUCGCACCUCCAGGGCGUGACCUGCAACAACGGGCGCGUGUACAAGCUAGCCCUCCCGGAGCUCUCGCUCGGGGGCACCGUCCCGCCGGAGCUCUCCAACUGCACCAACCUCCAGUCGCUGGACCUCUCCGCCAACGCGCUGUCCGGCGCCAUCCCGACGGAGCUCUCCGCGCUGCUGAACCUCGCCGUGCUCAACCUGUCCGCGAAUGCGCUGUCCGGCGCCAUCCCGCGGGAGCUCGCCAGCUGCGCCUACCUCAACGUCAUAGAUCUCCAUGGCAACCAGCUGUCCGGUCCCAUCCCCGACGAGCUCGGCCUCCUCGUCCGGCUCUCAGCCUUCGACGUCUCCCACAACCGCCUCUCGGGCCCCAUCCCCGUGCUCCUUGCCAACCGCACCGGCGCCGGCACGGCAGCCGUCGGGACGGCGAGGUUCAAUGCCAGCUCCUUCGUAGGGAACAAGGGCUUGUAUGGGUACCCGCUGCCGCCGAUGCGGACGCGGGGGCUCUCCGUGCUCGCCAUCGCUGGCAUCGGCCUUGGCAGCGGGCUGCUCAGCCUUGUGCUCAGCUUCUCCGCCGUGUGUCUGUGGCUCCGUGCCACGGACCGGACGGCCACCAUCUCUGGAGAGGAGGGCAAGAUCUCCCAGCUCAUGCCGGACUACUGAAUCCAUUCAAAGGUUGCAUCUUUGGACAUUAUAUAAUUCUUUGGAAUUGAACUGAACCCGAGAGAUUUUCAUGUCGGCCUGCAACAGAGGUUCCAUUCUGGGUAGAGUUUGGGUGGAUUCUUGAAGCCAAGAUUGCUGGAACGGGAUCCGAUGAGCAUAGCAGACAUCUCGCUGGUUGUGUCAGUAGUGGAUUUUCUAAUCUAAUUGGAGACCGAAAUUGCUGUAAUAACUUCUUCUUUUUUUUGGUUGUGUGCGUCUUUUCUUUUGUGGUUUUAUUUACUGUUUGGCAGUGACAGUUGGAUUUGUGCUUAUGCUGAGGAAUAUUUGUCGGUAGACAACUGAAAUUUGCUCCUUCCGAAGGCAGCGUACUUCCGAGCCAUUGGCAAUUUUGUCAUU